UAACUUGUUGUUAGUGGUACGGCGCGGUACGGGUAAGGUCGGCUAGGCCUGGGUUAGUAUCGAUCAGCAUGACGCGGCGAUUUUGACCACCCGUCUGUUCCCGUCCACCAUCUGGUGUAUUACGUACUGCGGUUGUUGUGUGCAUGCAAGGCGACAGCACUAAUCCUUGUGUAACUUAUGGUGUUGGAUUGAUGGUUCUUCGUACGUGGAGAACAAAAAUCAGGCCUUGCACCUUUGUCUAGUGAUUUAGCGCGUCAGUUAAGCUACGUGUUCAUCAAGUCUUGGAUUACUUCAAGCGAUGUCGAAAGAGAAGAGAGAUGUUAUUGUCAUCGGAGCUGGGAUAAGUGGGCUGUCAGCUGCUAGACUCCUUCAAGACCAAGGCCAAAAUGUGCUGGUGUUGGAGGCUAGAAACAGGGUCGGAGGUCGCACCUAUACACUGAAGGACCCCGCCUUCCAGUAUUUGGAUGUUGGCGGAACUUACGUUGGACCAGGUCAAAACAGGAUCAUCCGAGUUGCCAAGGAGCUAGGAAUCCAGUAUCAGAUGGUUAACGAGGCUCGGAGAACCAUCAGCUUCAGAAAUGGCAAGGCGGAGGCCUUUGAUAUGAAGAAUUCUGUCCCCAAGUCGCUUGGAAUCUUUGACUUAAUGGAUCUCAACAAUGCUGUGAGACUUAUAGAUGCCUACGCCAAAGAGAUCCCAGUAGCGGCACCGUGGGACGCUCCGCGGGCCUCGGAGUGGGACAGUAUGACUGUUCAGUCCUGGCUCGAUGCCACCUGCUGGUGUCAAUACACCAAGGAAGCCAUCACCAUCAUCUGUAGGGCAUCAAACGCUUCCGAGCCUUGCAACCUGUCCUUUUUGUUCUUCCUCUGGGGCAUCACAGUUGGCGGCGGAUUGACGAGGACUAUGAGCAUAACAAACGGUGCCCAGGAAAGAAAAUUUGUUGGCGGUGCCAUGCAGAUCAGCGAGGGACUGGCGGGGAAACUUGGAAAGGGACAUGUGCUGUUGAACCAUGUGGUGUCAAGCGUCGAGCAGUCUGAUGACGGAGUGAAAGUAACAACCCAAAAUGGGGACGUAUUUGAGGCUUCCUACAUGAUAAGUGCAGUUCCCAUGACGCUUCUUGGAAGGAUAACUUUCAAGCCUCGUCUACCAUCAGCAAAAAUCCAGUUGAUCCAGUGCAUGCCCAUGGGUUCAGUCAUCAAGACUUUCACAUUUUACAAGAGGAACUUCUGGAAAGACUUAGAUUACAGUGGAAUUGUUUUUAGCUGUGAUGGUCCUAUCAGUGGUACUUAUGAAGACUGCAAACCAGAUGGCUCUCACCCAGCUAUCAUGGGGUUUAUGAAUGGAGAGAAAGCAAGGAAAUACAGCUCACUUACCAAAGAAGAAAGGAAAAAAGUUGUUUGCGAGUACUAUGCCAAAGCAUUUGGAACAGAUGAAGCGCUGCACCCCAUUAACUAUGUGGAGCUUAACUGGAUGGAUGAGGAAUUCUCGGGUGGUUGCUACAUGGUCUCCCUACCUGCAGGCGUCCUCACCCAGUUUGGCAGGGUGAUGCGGGAACCGUUAGGGCGUGUCUACUUUGCUGGUACAGAGACCGCCGACCAGUGGAUGGGCUACAUGGACGGGGCGAUACAAGCUGGGGAGAGAGCUGGAAGAGAGAUUUUGCACCAGAAGGGACUGAUCAGCAAAGAUGAGAUAUGGCAGGAAGAGCCUGAAUCACUGGACAUCCCGGCCAAGCCUUUUGAUGAUAGCAUCGUGGAACGACUUCUACCAUCUGUACCUGGAUUUCUCAAGCUGGUUGUCACGGCAACAACCCUCGUGGCUGCAGGCGCCAUUGCGUUUUUCCUAUAGAGACAUGGUCUACCAGUUAUUGUGGCACUGAUAAUUUCCUUACCACAAAAAACAAAAUGUCGUCGAAGGCAAACUGAAGUAAAUGCUCAGGAAAUCAGCAUGACUAAAUGUAUUGGAUAUUUCUCAGGAUACAAAACAGAAGUAAUGAGUUAAAGUUGGUAUAUACAUUCUUUAACAAAAUUUUGAUAUUCUUUUCCGAGCAAAAUUUAAAGGAAUAUAAUGUACUGUAACAAAUAUAUUUGCUUGUUUGUUCCUUCGUACAGUUUUAAAAAUUGGUUUUAAAUGGGGUGCUCCAGUGCAGAAAUUGCGCACACUAUUCAGA